AUGGACGACGCCUUCUUGCCCGGCGCUGGUGAAUCCAAGCUCCUCACUCUGCUCCCCGCAGAGGUGUUGCAUCAUAUACUGCAGUUUCUCCCCCCCGCUGAUCUGGUGUUGAGAGUGCCCUGCGUGUGCUCGGCCCUGCACGCUUUCAUCAAAGGAAACCGUAACUUGUUCCGUCAGGUCUACCUGGAUGUGCUUGAUGAACCCACUGAUAAUACCGGUCUGAACUGGGAGCAAGAGGUUCGAGAUCUUGUCCGACUCGAGACGAUAUGUAAUCGCCAAGCUGCGGCGGACAAGGUGAGAUUCAAGCGCAUCAUCCCCAGAAACCAUCUUUACCACCAAAGAACAUCUACUGAAACUCAUCAGAGACACGAACUGGACUUUGUUCACCACAUCGUCACUCACCUCCUCAAAAACGCCUCUCCCUCGGAUGAAUCUGUCAACCCCUCCCGCACACACGCAACCUCGCGCAACGCCGCCCUGCUGCAGCGCAUCUUCCGCGAUGGAACCACGUCAGAGGCCUUUCUCCAGCGCUCUUCUCUAUUUGAGCGUGUUCGUGACCAUCACCACCACUCAGCAUCUGCAGCCCCUCAGUCAAUAAAUGCGGACCGUAGGGCCAUUCAGCAGAAGAGCGCUCAUCUUCACUGCCUCCAUGGACGACCGAUUCUUAAUGCGGGCCGUCUGCGCUCUCACAGGACUUAUCCAUUUGCGUGCUCCAAGGUGUACGAUAUGCGCGAGUACACCAUGAACUCUAGAUGGGGACCAUUUCUGGCUGACGGCUCCGAUGGUGUUGACUGGGAAAAGGUCGAGGCCAUCCUCGUGGUCCUGAGCAACAAUGUCGGCCCCAGACGCAAGGUUCCUCAAAUAUUUGGUGAGAUCUGGGACAAGCCAUUCUCCGGCUCCUGGUCAGACAGCUUCAAAGUCCCUCCGCCGCACGAUCUGACCUCCCUCGAGGCCCGCGAUCCCUACGGCGUCACAGGCACAUGGUACCGCAUUGUCUGCUUCCUCGAUUACAGCGACUUCUUCGCCUUCAACUUUCCUGAUCACGAUUUUGUCGCUCCUGAUGCGCCACGACCUGCCCUUGACGUCGGCGAGGCUACUCGUUUAAUAAUGCUCCGUCUCCAGGUCACAUCCAUUCAGAACCCCGGGCCGGACGAUGGACAAGACCUGCCAGUCGUGCACUUUAAAGGCAUCUCGCGGUCCUUGGAUGACUCGUUCGACCACAACGCCAACUCACACAUCCGAGCAUUCGCCUCGAAAGGUACCGUCCGUCUAACCCGGGAGGGAGAAGUUCGCUGGACAACCUUUUCCAUCUUCCACGGCGUCGAACGCUGGCGCAGCGAAGGCGUUCAGAUCGGUGGCGUGCGCUCAGCUCGCGGUGUAGUGGGUAACUGGUUUGAUAGGGACUAUGAUGACCAUGGCCCCGCUGGCCCCACGGCGUUCUGGAAGGUCGGAACUGCUGAUCAGGUCGCUAACAUGGAGGAUGACCUUCUGCCGAACGCCCUCUUCCUCCCAUACGCAGCUCUCAUCGAUAUGGAUGCCGAGAUUGACCUUGAGGCCGACAUGUCUUACAACUCUGACGAUGAGGACGAAGAGGAUGAUGACGACGACGAGAUGGACGGAGAAGAACUGUCAGAGUUGCUACAUGAUGCAGAGCUACCUCUUACAGAUGUCGGUGUUUCCGACUUGAUAAUUGUUCAUCAUCAGCACCAUGAAUGA